AUGGGAUUUUAUCUCAAUGUUGGUGGAUCUUCGUCAGUUUCUACAACGUUCCACAAGGUCCAACCCCAUCGUCAUUUCCCUACAGAAGAAAUUAUCAUAGCAACAAAUUGCUAUGAUGGAAAUCGGAUUGUAGUUUAUGACGGUGGUUAUCGAUUGUACAAAGUCUCUUUAAAGGACCGUCCAAUAUUUGUUAAGAAGUAUGAUAGUCAUUAUCCCCUUGGAUUGAAAUAUUAUGCUUACAAAGAUAUUGUCAUAGGAUCACAAAUGAGUGGUUACAAAAAUGUUUUGAAAGUUCUAGGAUGCUGCUUGGAGACCCAAAAUCCGAGUGUAGUUUACGAAUUUGCAUGCAAAAGCCUCUCCAGAUCUCUCUCUGCAACAAAUGUUAAGCCAGUACUGCCAUGGAAAUGCAGGUUGAGAAUUGCAAUGGAUUUAGCAAAUGCAGUGACAUCUUCACACAGCAUUUUCUAG